ACUGGGGGAUGGAUCUGACUCCAAUAGGAAAAGCGUGUAUUUAGAAGUGUUGCUAAUGGGAAGAGAUUUCCGAGCUCCAGAGGACGAUGAUUUGUCACAAAGGGUAGCUGGCUCGGUGCUUUGGGCUGGAGCCGUGUAGGAGAUCCUUGGAGAAGUCAUUGUGCACAGAGAACCGAAGACCUGUACAAACAUGCCUGUUCGCAGAGGCCAUGUGGCACCACAAAAUACAUUUUUGGGUACAAUCAUACGAAAAUUUGAAGGGCAAAAUAAAAAAUUCAUCAUUGCUAAUGCUAGAGUGCAGAAUUGUGCUAUCAUCUACUGCAAUGAUGGGUUCUGUGAGAUGACCGGGUUCUCCAGGCCAGAUGUCAUGCAGAAACCUUGCACCUGUGAUUUUCUUCACGGGCCGGAGACCAAAAGACAUCAUAUUGCCCAGAUUGCUCAAGCGCUGCUGGGGUCAGAGGAGAGGAAAGUAGAAGUCACCUAUUAUCACAAAGAUG